CGAGGAAAGGACGCUGCCGCCCACCCUCCUCCCCCGGUGCGGCCGCUGGCAGACCAUCCCAGAGACGCCGUCGGGGGCGGACGGUUCUAGCGUCCCCCAAUCCCAAUCCGAGCGGCAGCGGCGGCGGCGGCGGCGGCGGCAGCAAGAGGAGAACGGCGCCCUCUCGUCCAUUCCGCACCCGGCUGCAGAUCCUCGGGGCCGACCGCAGAUCAGGGCUUGUCGCCGCAGGGACCGCCAAGAUGACGCUCCUGGCCUCCGAGCGCUCCAUGCUGAUCCGAAGCAAGUUCCGCUCUGUGCUGCAGCUGCGAAUGCAACACCGGCGGUCCCAAGAGCAGCUCUCCGAACGCCACCUGAUCCCAGGGCUUAACAAACCCCUUGCAACUUUCUCACAGCCCAGCGGGACAGAGGACCAGAAGCGGGCCAAUGAGAUCGCAAAGCUGAAAGUGUCACCCCGGUCCCACAAGACUGGCCCUGCUAAGAGUCAGCCCCCAGAGGUGUCUCCAGGGGACCCUUCUGAGCUGCAGGACAAGAAGGCUCGCCUGGCCGAAGACCUGAGCGAGAAGAUCCUACACCGCCCUGGGCCACUUGAGCUGGUGAAGAAAAAUAUCCUCCCCUUGGAUCCGGGCAUCAAGAAAGCAGUGACAGAUGCAACUCCGGCUGCUCCUGAAUCGUUCAGCUUUGAGGAAGAUCUCAGUAGCUCCUCCUCUUCCUCCUCUUCCUCCCCAUGCUUUGCGCUGUCUCCUGGCAGUGCUCAGGGCAACUCUUCGGCCUCUGGGACAGCCGCCUUUCAGGUCUCUGAACUCCGCCAGCAGCUCCGGAAGCGGGGGCUCCCUGUUUCGGGCACCAAGCCAGCCCUGCUGGAGCGUCUCAAGCCCUACCAGGUGUCCCGGGCCAAGCCACCCCCUGUCCCACUCUCCAGUACCCGCUUGGCCCCUGCUGACCUGGAUGAGGAGGCCCAGGCCCUGCGGGAGAAGCAGCGGGUUGCUGAGAACCUGGUGCUGAAGCUCCACCAGGACCCGGAGCUGAAGCCGCAUCACGAGGGUGACCUCCGUGUGGAGCUGGAGAUGCACAAGCGGAUCAAGAACCGUCGCAAGGGGGCGGCGCUGCCAGCCCCCAGCCAGCAGGGUGCUCCUCCGCCUUACGUCCCCAAGAGGGAGUGCACUAAGGAGCGAGGAGGCAGGGAAGAUGGUUUCAUGGUUUUGUGCCCUCCGUCCUGCGAGCCAAUUAAUUCCGAUAUGGAGCUGCCCCUUGAGAUCACAGCCAGCCCCUCUGCCCCAGCCCCUGCCCCAGGAACCCGUUCUCUGGAGGAGGAGCUCCAAGAGGCCAUCCAAAAGGCUCAGCUGGUGCCAAGCCAAUCCAUUGAAGAGAUCUUGGAGGAACCGCUGAUGUGUACAGGCAACCUCCUUCAGGCGCCUGCCCUGACCCCAGAAGUCCCUGACAGAGUUGCCCCUUCCCCACUUGCCCACCAAGAAGCAUCACCACCGAAGAAGCGCCGGUCCAGCAGCGAGCUUCCUCUGGUGGCCUCUGCCAUUUUUGAUUUCCCUGGCCCCUACGAUUUCCUCUCGACAGCCUCCUCUUCGUCAGCGUCGCUGGACUCGCUGUCCUCCGUGUUCUCCCCUGACUCUCUGGAGAUGCCCCCGUCUCCCCCAGAUGCCUGGCGAGGGAAUGGGACCCGUGCUGGAUUUGACCCCGUUGAUUGGCUGGAGGCCUUGACCUCAGGCUCCACAUCAGGCCUUGGCUCCGCUAGCCCUGCUGGCAGCAGCAUCUUCUGCACGGACUUCUUUGAUUCUCCUGACCUCGGUGUCACCCACAUGAUAGACCUCAUGGUGGAACAGUGGUAGAUGCAGCACUUGUCCCCAAGGCCUGAAGGAAACGGGGAAAAAUUCUCCUUUAUAAACUGGAAGGCCAUAGCAUUCUUGCCUAUACCAGCCCAAAUGGUGUUUGAACUGUAGACAUCUAGCUUUGUUGCAGAAGGUCUUGUUCCUGUUAAUGCCAAGUCCACUUGCUCCCAUGGAAGAAUCAGGUCACCAAUUCCGGGUUGUGUUAAGAUCAUACUUCAUCUUGAAUGGUUAGCCAAUCCCAUAAACUCUAGUUGUUUCCGGUGAGGUGUCUUGUCUUGAGACAGAUGAAACUGAUGAGCCAGCCACAAGAGAUAAAAAUUAUGGUUCAGGGCAUCGCUAGCUUUUACAAGCCACUGUAGAUGAAUCAAAUGAGGAUUUUUCAGUGAUGUCAACUUUUACUGUCAUCUUGAAGCACUUAAAUGGAUUUAGAACAGCACUGGUUUUGGAUACCAUCUUGCCUGGAAGCGAACAGUUUAUGCCUGGAUCCUUAACUUUGGAAGCCACCUUGGAUAAAAUUUUGGUGGGUGGGUCUUCCCAGUUCUGCCUGUCACCUUGAACCUUGGAUGUCUGCAUCAUGUCAACUCUAGAAGUCAUUAACAGGAUGAGAAAUGCUGUGGUCCAAGAAAUGGCAUCUUCAAGAGACCAUGUUGGCUUGGUUGAACCCUGAGGAUAAUAAUGCCAACUCUGCACACAUCUGGACUGAUCCACUGGUUUAGAUGCACCGUGCUUGAGGAUGCGAACCAUGGAAGCAACCUUGCUGGGACUUGCCAUCUUGUUUUAUUGAACCGAGCAGAAAAAGGAAAGUGCCAGCAUUUUACGCCAUUCGGAUUGUGCCAUCUCAAGCCUAUGUGGUGGUGAAGGAAAAAUUGCAAUUUUCAGGGGCCACCCCAAAUGGGCCGCACCAACACUGGCAACCUCAUUUUUUCUUGAGCAGGGGUGUGGGGAAAGAAGAACACCUCCUGUGCUGGGGACCGUACCAUAUUUUUAUAGCUAGUCAAAGAAAUGCUGUUGAAAGAGAAGGUACCAGCUUUAGUGGAUCAUGCCAAGCUAAUUCUUAAAUUCUUAUUUUCAUUUUUACUUGGUGUUACAAAGUGGAGGGAAUAUCUGCAUAUACAGGGCUCAGAACCAGUAUUUGGGCAGGGGAGGGGUAGUGGGGCAGUUCCCUAAGGGCACUGCUCAUGGAGGUAUCUAUUUUGGCAGAGAGGUGGUGGUGGUGGUGCAUACUGUUCCAGUAGCCAAAGGUUGCUGGGAGAUUCAGACCAGGGCGGUUAUGGAAGGAUGUGGGCACAGCUGUGGCAACUUGGGGCAUCUCAUGCUGCAGCUGGUCAUCCCCUCGCCACUGGAAUUCCUGGGAACUGGAGUGCUGCGAGAAGGUCCAGGGCAGUCUAGUAAAGGAUUCCCAUCACCCUCACCAAGCGGCAUUUCCCAGGAGUACUGGGGGAAGAGAUGGCAGAGGCUUGGCUGUUAGAGCAGACAGGAGUUUUGGACACAGAUACGCGUCUAUGGCAGGCCUGGGUGGUGAUAAUGAAGUGGCAGUCCGACAUUUCCGGAAGGCACUGAGCUGGGGAGAGGAGCCUUAAGACAUGCUUGCACCUGGGUGCUCUACGCAGUCGGCUAAGCGCACAGUCCCGUGGGGAUAACAUGAACCCUCAGAACUCGGAAGCUUCCACACAUCCAGGGGUGGAUGGGAGUGGCAUGGAGGUUAGAAUGGUUUCCUCCC